GCAGAUGUCGAUCGUGCCGCUUGUUUUUCGCGAUUGGUGGGAGGACUUUGAUCGUCCCGUCUCACGACUGGUGGAUCAACACUUCGGCACCGGUCUCCACCGUGACGACCUGAUAUCAGGUUUCACCGGCCUUGGUCUCAAUCGACCUUCUCUGCGCUCGAUUUUGGGGAACACGUACUACCGACCGUGGAGGCAUAUAACACGUCAGAAUUCGAGUGGAUCUAGCACGGUCCAGUUGGACAAAGAGAAUUUCCAGGUGAUACUAGACGUGCAACAAUUCUCACCGGAUGAGAUCACGGUGAAGACGGCCGACAACCACGUUAUUAUCGAGGCCAAACACGAGGAGAAGCAAGACGAGCACGGCUACGUCAGCAGACACUUCGUACGCAGAUACGUCCUGCCCCCAUCUCACGACCUCGUCAACGUCACCUCGACCCUCUCCUCGGAUGGUAUACUAACUAUUACGGCACCCAAAAAGAACGUGACGUCGGUUGGCACGGAAAGAGUCAUCAGUGUUGUUCAAACAGGAGUGCCAGCUGCUAAGCCGGUUCCCGUGGAAACAACUACUGCGACUACUACCACCACCACUACCUCCGAAUAAAGAAGUUAUCGUUAGAGAGACUCUCAUUCCUUUAUUGUUUCUCAUUCUACCGUUGAUCGUAUAUCGAGGCAAUUUUGUAAGAUGAUGUA